AUGAAGCUUGAGAAGAACAAGGUCGAUCAGAGGAAUGGGUCUGGAAGCAUAAAAAUGGUUCCAGAACACCAGGACGACAUCUACGUCCUUAGUUCUGUCAUAGAUGCUGGGGACAUGGUGACAUCUGCCACAACUCGUAAAAUCCAGAUUGAUGGAAAGACUCAGCAGAGAAUGAUGCUUACACUGAAGAUAAAAAUAGAAACAAUAAACGUGGAUCUGGAAAGCUGCACAAUCUAUCUCAAGGGCAGAACUGUGGUGAUCAACGAGUAUGUCAAGCUAGGGUCGUACCAUACAAUAGACAUAACCCUGGGACAGUCCUUUGAGCUGGAAAAAGAAGAGUGGCCAGCGAUGUCCAUAAAGUUGCUCAAAGAGGCUACGAGGCCCCAGCCAGAGACGGCCUUUAUAGUGUUCUAUGAAAGGGAAUGUGUUGUGUCUAUCGUAACGCGUAGCAAGAUCAGCAUAGUAUUGAAGCAGGAGACGAAGAACAGAAAAUUUGCCAACAUCAUCAAGGCACUGGAGAAAUAUGUUGGAAAAGUCAAUCUGUUUGUGGUUGCAAGCAUGUUUGAGAUAAGAAACGACUUCAACAAGGCUGUUCAGGCAUCGAAAGAGCUGAAGGAGGCAUCCGGUAGCUUCUGUGUGGUCAAGGUUCCUCCAGAAUGCAGAGGGUGUUCAAACUCAAAGGUCAUCAACACAAUACUCACCGACAAGGAUCUCUCCAAGACUUUUCAGGGGAUCCAAUACAUCGAUGACCUGAGGGAGAUAGACGACUUUUUUGUCAGGUUUGCAAAGGGGUCCGAACUGGUAUGCAUUGGGAUGGAGGACAUCAGAGAGGCAAUGAACUAUGGUGCUCUUAAGAGACUCAUGGUCACCGAUGAGAAGAUGAAGCCUGUCGAUGUCGAAGAAAGGAGAAAGAUGGAGAUGUUUUGCAAAGAGGUUCAGGCAAUGAAUUGCAAGAUAUCCGUCAUUCCUAUUGCACACUUUUCUGGAGAAAGGCUAAAGGACAUGGGGGGUGUUUGCGCAGUACUGAAGUUCAAUUACAGAUGA